AUGAUCAUCACAACUUUACAUUCCAUCAUACAGCAACUCGAGGCGACCGGCACCAGCCAUGAGGACGCGGUGCUUGCGAAGUUCAAGAAGAUGAUUUCGGAGGCGGGGCUGCAGCUGUCGCCGGAGUUUGUCGUGUAUGGCGACCUGAACGCGACGCUGCACCGGUUCUUGCGGGCGCGGAAAUACAAGCUGGAGGCGGCGUUCGCCAUGCUGGAGAAGAGCCUGGCGUGGCGCAAGCGGGUCGGCGCGGACGGCGCCCUGCGCCUGGCGCUGCCGCAAGACCUGGUGGCGCUGGUGCGCGGCUGCAGGCCCAGCAGCUACAUCGGCUUCCACAGAGAGGUGCGCUGA